UUCCCCUUUUGCUAAGCGCCGAGGUUUUGCGGUCAAAUUAAAUUCCGGGAGUGCGGAAGUGGCUCUGUGGUGCCGCCUCUAAACGCCCAGAAGUCAACCCCCUUUCUAUACGGAACGCUAGGCCUCCGACCGCCAUGGAUGGGCAGCAAGGGCAACAAAGCCACGCAACGUUCGCACUCGCCCAAGCUCACUUCAAGAAGGGCGACUACGCGGAAGCCGAAGCGCUGUAUUCCGCUUACAUUCGCCAGUACGCCUGUGCAGGUUCCGGGGGAGCGGCGCCCGGGAGCAAAUACAGCCCUGAGGAUUUGGCUACUGCAUUUAAUAACCGGGGGCAAAUCAAGUACUGCAGGGUUGAUUUUUAUGAAGCCAUGGAUGACUACACAUCGGCCAUACAAGUCCAACCCACUUUUGAAGUUCCCUAUUACAACAGAGGGUUGAUAUUGUAUAGGCUGGGAUACUUUGAUGAUGCUUUGGAAGAUUUCAAGAAGGUAUUAGACUUAAAUCCUGGAUUUAAAGAUGCUACUUUGAGCUUAAAACAGACUAUUCUAGACAAAGAAGAAAAACAAAGAAGAAAUUAUUGAAAAAAAAUUAUUGCAAGUUUUAACCUAAUUAAAAUAUUGACUCAUAAUCCUUAUAAUGCCUGGCAUCUCAUUCCUUAUAAUGUAAAGUAGGUAUUGAGCUAUUUUGAUUUAUAUUUAAGAUAAAGAGAUUCAUGCAUUAGCACUGAAAGUUAGAUAAUCUAUUUAAAAUAGUUAAUUUCAGAUUGAGUAACUAUGUUGAAUAAGUGUGCUUUUCAUAAAGUGUAAAUAAAUAAUAGC